GCCAUAACUUGCCCCUCGGAUAGGGCUUGUACCAGUACCACCAGCCUUUCUUCUUCACCCUCACUCAACUCAGUCUCUUCGGCCACCACAAUCGUUGGGUGCCCGUCGAUGAGCAACUCCAGUACCACGACAAACUGUCUCACCUCGGCUGAACCCACAGUUUCAGCAAUAACUAUCUCCUCUUCAUCGUCUCCUUCGACAGUAUCCUCUUCUUGUUCCUCCACCUCCGCAGGUUCUCGUCGCUACUCUGGUCGCACCAGUUGCGACUGUCCAAACUGUCAGGAGGCCGACAGACUGGCGACCACGGCUCCAGCAGCGGCGGCUGAGCUUCGCCGACGCAACAUUCACAGUUGCCAUGUUCCGGGUUGCGGCAAAGUGUACAACAAAACGAGCCAUUUAAAAGCUCAUCUCCGCUGGCACACCGGAGAACGACCAUUUGUAUGCAACUGGUUGUUGUGUGGUAAAAGGUUCACGCGAUCUGAUGAACUGCAGCGUCACCUACGCACGCACACUGGGGAGAAACGCUUUCUCUGUCCCGUCUGUCAUAAACGCUUUCUUCGCAGUGAUCACUUGAACAAGCAUUUUCGCACACAUUGUGACAGUCCUUCGGCUUCACAGUUGGACUUGCAAGCAGCUCUGGAGGCAGGAGAGGCGAGCGAACUUGAGGCUUGUGGCUAUCCUGACUCUGAGGUCGCCGGCAAGACGGGACAGCCUGGAGCCGAGCCGGCGUUAGGGGAGUCUGCAAUUGCACAACUUCGAGGCUCUUCAUUGCCCGAGGUCGGACAUGAAGAUGCAUGGCCGUCUCAAGGGGUGAAGAUGCCGGAAGAAGCGUCGGAGUUCAACCAGUGUGGAAAAGGAGAGCGAAGCAGGGGAGGAGGAGGAGAGGAGGAGGCAGAAGCGGUUGGUCCGGAUGGUACAGAAGCAGAGCUCUCAGUAGAGGGCAGUCAGAAGAUGCAUGAGGACAAGAGUGAUGAGGUGCGCAAGAGACGAAAGGCCGCCUGGGGGCUUGAGUCGCCUCAACGGACGGGACAGAUCGGCAAGCUAGACGAGAGCGAUAGCGAAGCCGGUCUGUACUCACUGGCGGCAAAACGGUCCUGCCCAACCUCUCUUAUGACUGGACGUUGUUAG